CUUCUAUAUCCGCAUUCUCCGCCCUUUUUCAAACCUUUACAUACUUUCCUUGUCACUUGUCACUCUCUCUUUCAAGCUAUUUCGUCGGUCUUCACCAUGAGUAUAAAAUAAACAAAAAACCAUUUUUUUUCCUAGAAGCAAACACAGCCUUAAAACUAAAAAUGGCUUCAACAAACUCUCUACCGCCAACAGACCCGUUUUAUUCCACGGAAGACCUAGCUGCCAAAGCCCUGAACAAGCGAUACGAGGGACUCAUCACGGUUCGAACCAAGGCCACCAAGGGCAAAGGAGCCUGGUACUGGGCCCACCUGGAACCAAUUCUCGUUCGAAACCCGGACACCAACCUCCCCAAAGCCGUUAAACUCAAGUGUUCAUUGUGCGACGCUGUCUUCUCCGCCUCCAACCCUUCCAGAACGGCUUCCGAGCACUUAAAACGCGGCACUUGCCCCAAUUUUAGCGCCGUUCUGAGACCCAAUUCCUCGCUCUCUCCUUUACCUAUAUCAUUGGCUUCCCCUUCUGUUUCUUAUCAUCAUAAUCAUCGAAAGCGAAGUCCCUCAACUGCUAUCUUCUCUCCUUUACAAAACCAAGUAAGUCACAACAACAACAACAAUAAUAAUAAUAAUAAUAACAACAACAACUCGUUGGCUAUAGUUGAGUCGACUCGUUUUCUGGGUUACUCGAGCCAUAGUAAUAAAAAUAAUGCUGGGUUGACUCAGCAGCAUUUGGUUUUAUCUGGUGGGAAAGAAGAUUUAGAUGCCUUAGCAAUGUUGGAAGAUAGUGUUAAGAAGCUUAAGAGUCCUAAAACUUCUCCAGGUCCAGCUUUAAGCAAUGGCCAAAUAAAUUCUGCAUUCGAUUUGUUAGCCGAUUGGUUCUAUGAGUGUUGUGGGUCGGUUUCCUUUUCUAGCCUCGAGCACCCAAAUUUUCGGGCUUUCCUUAAUCAGGUUGGGAUGCCUGCUGUUUCAAGGAGGGGCCUCUCGGGUGAGCGGCUUGAUAAUAGGUUUCAUGAGGCCAAGAGGGAAUCCGAGGCUAGACUUAGGGAUGCAAUGUUCUUCCAGGUGGCUUCUGAUGGGUGGGAGAGAAAAAGUUGUUGUUGUUGUUGUUGUUGCAGUAGUUAUAGUAGCAGUAGUAGUAACAGUUCAUGUUCUAUGGAAAAUUUGGUUAAAUUUAGUGUUAAUCUUCCGAAUGGGAGCAGCUUGUACCAGAAGGCAGUCGUUACUGGUGGAUCAGUGACUUCCAAGUACGCGGAGGAGGUUAUGUGGGAGACAGUAACGGGGAUUUGUGAAAGUAAUGUGCAGAAGUGCGUCGGACUAGUUUCAGAUAAGUAUAAGGCCAAGGCAUUGAGAAAUUUGGAGAUUCAGAAUCAUUGGAUGGUAAAUCUAUCUUGUCAGCUGCAAGGCUUUGUUAGUUUGAUAAAGGAUUUUAGCAAAGAGCUUCUCCUUUUCAGGACUGUCACUGAGAAUUCCUUUAAGCUUGCGAAUUUUGUAAAUAAUAACUCGCAAGUUAGAAGCAGCUUUCAAAAGUAUAGGAUGCAGGAGCUUGAGUGUGCUGGGUUGAUACGGGUUCCUUCCAGCAAAUGUGAUUGCAGCAGUAACAUUGCACAUGUUUUUGCAAUUUUGGAGGACAUACUGAGCUGUUCCCAAGUGCUUCAGAUGGUUGUAUUGGACGAUUCUUACAAGGCGAUCUGUGUUGAGGAUCCAGUUGCCAGGGAAGUUGCUGGGUUUGUCCAAAAUGAGGGGUUUUGGAAUGAUUUGGAGGCAGUUUAUUCACUGGUGAAGUUGAUCAGAGGUAUGGCUCAUGAAAUUGAGGUGGAUAGGCCAUUGAUUGGGCAGUGCCUCCCUCUCUGGGAGGAGUUGAGGGUAAAAGUGAAGGAAUGGUGCACCAAGUUCCACCUUGCUGAAGCACCUGUUGAGAAAAUUGUCGAAAAGAGAUUUAGAAAGAAUUACCACCCUGCAUGGUCGGCUGCUUUUAUACUUGAUCCGGUUUACUUGACGCGGGACACCAGCGGAAAAUACCUUCCACCAUUCAAGUGUCUGACUCAAGAGCAGGAGAAGGAUGUUGAUAAGCUCAUAACUCGUUUGGUUACCAGGGAAGAAGCACAUGUUGCACUGAUGGAGCUCAUGAAAUGGAGAUCAGAAGGGUUAGAGCCACUCUAUGCCCAAGCUGUUCAGGUUAAACAGCGAGACCCUGUGACUGGAAAAAUGAAAAUUGCUAACCCCCAGAGCAGUAGGCUAGUAUGGGAAACUUGUCUUAGCGAAUACAAGUCAUUAGGAAAGGUUGCAGUGAGGCUUAUCUUCCUACAUGCAACAUCAUGCGGGUUUAAAUGUAACUGGUCUAUGAUGAAGUGGAUAUGUGUCCACAGACACUCACGGAUAGCCCUUGAAAGGGCUCAGAAGAUGAUAUUCAUUGCUGCUCAUUCAAAGCUUGGCAGGAGGGAUUUCUCCGAUGAGGAAGAAAAGGAUGCAGAGCUGUUUAUGAUCGGCAGUGAGGAUGACAUCAUCAAUGAAGUCUUUGCAGAUGCACCAUAAGUGUAAUGCUUUUCUUUCACCACCUGCUGAAUUGUAAACUUUAGGAUUUGAUCGAAUUCUUUCUCCCUUGUCUGUCCAUCUUUACUUCUGUUCAAAUUGAAAAUCAGGGAACAUAUAUAGAUAGUGAUGUAGCCACAGAAUAUUCAUUAGAAUUUCAAAAUUGCAUGAUUGGAAUGAAUAAUCAAUUUAUUUACUUUGUAAAUUAUAAAAUAUUUCUGAAUGAG